AUGGUGUCAUGGAAAGGGAUAUACUUCCUAAUUGCACUAUUCCUGGGAAGUUUUUUUGGAAGUAUCUUCAUGCUGGGGCCUUUUCUCCCCUUGAUGUUUGUCUCACCGGCAUGGUACCGCUGGAUCACUGACUGCAUUGUGGCCACUUGGCUCACACUCCCCGUGGCCUUGCUGGAAAUGGUGUUUGGGGCCAAGGUGGUUGUCACUGGUGAUGGGUUUGUUCCUGGAGAAAGGAGUGUCAUCAUCAUGAACCAUCGCACCCGGAUGGACUGGAUGUUCCUCUGGAACUGCCUGCUGCGAUACAGCUACCUCAGACUUGAGAAAAUCUGUCUCAAAUCCAGUCUCAAAAGCAUUCCAGGAUUUGGCUGGGCCAUGCAGGUUGCUGCCUUUGUUUUCAUCCACAGAAGGUGGGAAGAUGACAAGAGUCACUUUGAAAAAAUGCUGGGUUAUUUCUGUGACAUUCAUGAACCACUGCAACUCCUCAUCUUUCCAGAAGGAACUGAUCUCACAGCCAAUACCAAAGCCCGCAGCAACGAGUUUGCUGAGAAGAACGGACUGCCGAGAUACGACUACGUCCUGCACCCACGCACCACUGGCUUCACCUUCGUGGUUGAGCGUCUAAGGGAAGGUGACAAUCUCGAUGCUAUCCAUGACAUAACUGUGGCAUACCCCCAAAACAUUCCUCAGACAGAGAAGCACCUUCUGAAUGGAAACUUCCCAAAGGAGAUUCACUUCCACGUCCAGAGAUACCCCAUAGAGACAGUGCCCACUUCCAAGGAGGAGCUGCAGCUGUGGUGCCGGAAGCGUUGGGAAGAGAAAGAGGAAAGACUCCGACGCUUCUACGAAGGUGGAAGAUGCUUCAGUGCAACAGGACAAAGCAUUGUCCCACCAUGUAAAUCUGAGCUCAGGGUCCUCAUGGUGAAGUGCAUCUCCCUCCUGUACUGGACAGUGUUCCCCCUGGGCAUGCUGGCACUGCUGUACCUCUCCAGCCUGGCACGGUGGUAUUUUGCAGCCAUGAUCAUCUUCUUUGUCCUGCAGCAGAAGCUGUUUGGUGGGCUGGAGCUGAUUGAGCUGGCCUGCCACAGCUAUUUUAAAAAGCAGCAGAAACUCCAUGGCACCAAAAUAAAAACCAAUUAGUGAGGGGGGUGUAGAGAAAUGUAAAGCUGAGCGGAUCAGAGGCAUCCUG